UAACGCACACACUUUUAUGCAAUAUUAGGGAAAAAAGCAAACUUCCUCAUCUUUUGGUUUAAAAACUGCUGUUGUCAUCAGGCUGGAUGAAAUUCUUUUCUCGUCAUUGCUCCUGAAGAACCUAACAAAAAGACAACCACGUAAAGACAAUUAGGCAUCUGUUCUUCAUCUGAGGGGUUUGACUGAAUCAAGAUGCUGCUGAUCAUUGAAGCUCUUCUUCUCAUUUUAUCUGCUCCAGGACAGGAUCACAGAGCUGCUGUUGAAGGAAAGAUAUAUCCACUGGAUAUGGCACCGAAUUCUGUCGAUGAUCAAUAUGACGGUUGUACAGAGAAAAUGGCACACCUGGUGAAGACUAAAUAUCCUGAGAAGGAAAUCAAUAACUCAACUGAAUUUAAAAAGGCUUGGCAAGAAGGUGAAAUGAAUGCCACAGCACCAGAGGGCAACUUGACAAGGAAUAAUUCAAUCGCUAUUUAUGUGUACACUAACUUCGAUUCUAGUGUAUAUAGCAGUUUUAAUAAGGCUGUUCAUUAUGGUAAACAAAACUACACAGAACAGACAUUUAAAUGGUAUUCACUUCACUUUUUGUUAACAGAUGCGAUACAGAUAUUGACUGAAGCACAAGAGAAAUGCAAGCUUACUUAUCGUGGUACAACAGUUGAAUUUUUUAAGAAUAUGACUGGUGAAGUGGUUCGUUUCGGCUCUUUUACAUCCUCCUCGCUCGAUCGUACAGUAGCAAAAAGUUUUGGAACUAAAUCUUGUUUUGAAAUCAAAACUUGCAGUGGUGCUAAUGUGAUCAAAUAUUCUAAGUACCCUGAACAGAAAGAGGUGCUGAUUCCUCCAUAUGAGAAGUUUAAAGUCACUGCCGUCCGGACAAGACAAUAUCAGAAAGAUCUCUGGUGUGAGACUGUGUACGAGUUGGAAAGCUCUGGAACAAGAAGUGACUUGAACUGUUCAGUGGCAUUCAAUAAUUCAAUCAGGUUCACCAAAUAUACAUCAACAUUUAAUAUGUGUGCAUUUUGCAGAUGUUUUUGCCGAAAGAUAAGGGCCAGUCGUAGCUAUUUUAAAAUAAAUAGGUUUGAAGCAUUUACUGACGUAGGCAGAUUAUGUGGUUGCCUAGAAGAAAACUGGCUGGAAGAACACAGACUCAAUCAAGCUGAUAGAAACGUUUACAUAGAGGACCAUCUGCUCAAUCCCACUGUCAGAGAAAUGUACAUAGAGAACCAACAGCUCAGGAGAUGCAAAUUCAGUCACACCCAUAUUCACACAGGACGAGAAAUUAGUCAGAAACCGCGCUGCUAUCAGUUCUUGUAUUCUGUAGGAACUGACCGCAUUACCUUGGCAUUACUAAAGCCUUGCUGUAGAGUUUCAGUAAUACUUUAAAAUUUAUGUUGAAUGCUUUAAAUUUACAUUCUUAUAUGAUUUACUUCAUUUCCAGGUGAAUAAUUGACUUUUUAAUUCUUAUUUUUAAGGAAUCAAUUACUUAUUCAACAACACAAUUUCUUAUGAUUUUCUUGAAUAGUACAAAAAAUGAAUGUUCUAAGGAUCUAUCACUCAUUUAGCACAUAUUCAUUUACUUUACUUAUACAUUUUUACAUUACCAUUUCAUUUUAUGUUGGGUGCUGUACUGUCUUCAGAAGUAAGUUCCAUCUCAAGCUCUUGAUAUCACAGGUCAGUGUUGUGAAGCUGUUAUUUUCCAUCGGCUUUGCUAUUAAUAGCACUUGAUGAAUUUGUGCUGGUCAGAUGAAGUUAGACUGAGCACUGAGAAAGAUGCAACUAACAUUAAUAAACUCAGCUUAUUGUUUUACCAUCA